GUAACUGAGGCCAUUUACGAUUGACCUAGAUUGCAGUUCUCUAACUAAAUAAUUAAUGCAAUUAAAUUCACCUUGCUUUUUACUGCUUAAGCUACUUAUCAUCAAAAUCAAAUCGAAUACCAUGAGCAAUCGCUAUCACAUUCAACUCAGGAAUCACAUUCGCAGUGCCAGGUUUCUGAAAACGAUGAACAUUGCUUAGAACCUAUGUUGAAGUCGCUUAAGUCCUCAGACUUUUCACAUUCUAAUCAGGUAAUACCUGAGAAAUAUACCGAUCGUGCUGAAAUUGGCUUACACGAACACCAGGAACCACAAGAACAACAUCCGAAAGAAGACUUCAUAAAGAAAGAAAUUUAUGAUUUUCCAAAAGUUAUCGUUAAAGACUUAAUUUUAAAUUUUGAAAACCAUAUCAAUGGAUUUGUGCAACCGAACGAUAUUGUUAAAUGUGAUAAGAAGGAAAAGGAAAAUAUGUUAAAAAGCAAAAGUAUUCAACAUUCGCGUUCAUCUGAAACACUUCAAACAGAUCAGUUUCAAAUAUGUAAUGAAAUUAAGAUUGACAAACUAUAUCAAGAACCAACAGAUUCAUAUGAAGAGCUGUAUGUGCCAAAGGAUAUACCUCUAGAAAGCUAUGCACCACCACCAACAUCUUCACCGAUCAAGACAAAUUAUAAUCAUGAAUGGAAACCAUCAACUAACUUCCUUGGUUCACAGUUUUCUGAGCUUUCUCGUAACAACGAACCUACACAUUCACAAAAUGUUUGUAAUCUUCCUACUUAUAGUCCCUUAAUUUCUAAUAUACCAAAAGAACAGUCAUGCGUACAAAAUAAUUGCAUGACUGCACCGCAAAAUAUUCGUCAAGUAAAUUUCAGCCCAUCUCCUCUACCUUACGAUAAAUUGGCUAAAUUUGAUAGUCCAACAAGCCCACCAUCUUUUAAUAACAAUUAUACAGGAAACAGGUUAUCUAGGUCAAAUUUGACAAUUGGAAGCUCUGCUGUUCGCAAUAUAUCACCUAAGCCAUUUGGACAUGUUGCAUCUGGUACGAUCUCUCCAAAAUUGGGUGCACCCUUAUCUCCAAAUUACUCCACACCGGUAACAGCAACUCCAGUUAAUCAAUAUUAUAACACAUCUGGCAGAAGUACGUCCCAAAAUAUUUCAUCAUCCAAUAUACUGCAUGGAAGUAAUUUCAACAAUUCGGCUCAAGGUUGGCAGAAGAAAGCUCCAACAGCAGUCAGUCAUGCACCUUUAAAUACGCAAUUGCAUGUUGGUGGAAAUUUGCCCUAUACAGACUUUUGAAAUGUAUUCUAUUCAGUAACACUGAAAAUGUUUUAUAAAUACAUGUUUAUGUAUGUGCUGUUUGUGUUUUUUGCGUUAAAUAAACGAAAUAAAAUAUA